AUGGGUGUGAUAGGUAUAUAAACACGGAUAAGGGUGUAAUCAACGGGGUUCUCUUCUCAGACUUUAGAAAAGCAUUUGACACGGUCGACCAUUGUAUUCCAGCUUCUUAAUUUAAUUAUCCUCUUUUGUUAUGAAAAUUUGCGCAAGCUUUUUACUCGCUUCCCCUCUUUUGUUGGGUAAAUUUGCGAAACAAUGGAGGUUAUUGUUUUAUGAAAUCUUAUUAUCUAAUUGGUUCAGUGAAUCCACGCUGUAAAUUUGGCUUUCAAAUACAUGUUUUUUAGUCGGAUCGAAGGAUUGAUGGUUGCAGUCCGCUUUUCGUUUGUCAGCGAUAAACAUGUUGCCGAAGUAAGGAAAAUCUAGUUCCUUCGGCCACCAAAAGACAUAUACAUAUACACUUUGGUGUAAGAAAGUAUACAAACAAUGGGCGGCGGCAAGGACAUUAUUCCGCGAUUUUGCACGAGAAAGCGACGAAUUUGCUUGUGUACCAAGUAUCGACGAUGCAUGCUACCGUGAAAUAACUCCAGUAUUGGCUGAAGCGUGCAUGAAGACUAUAUAUGAAUUUCAGAGUGUUUCGAAUAUUCAGUUUGGGGGCAACAUUGCAGGGGGCCUUCAAAAGGAGGGAGGCCAUAUUGCAGGAACUGAGUCUAGUUCCUUCGAAGGAACUGAGUCUAGUUCCUUCGAUAUCAGUGUAGAUUACACUGAUAUCGAAGGAACUAGACUCAGUUCCGAAAUAUCGCAUACUCGAACCGUCCUGACCGCGUAGCUCAGUUGGAAGAGCAUUGGGCUGGUAUUCCAAAGGUCGUAGGUUCGAAUCCCGCCGUGGCCAGGCAUAUUUUUCAAGCCUGCCCGGUGUGGAUACACACUCAGAGUAACAUCACACAAACAUCUUAUUCACCUGAGUACAUUACACCAACACAGCAGAUUUCAUAAUAUUCAAAGUGUCUAUACAGCCGGCUAUUUAGUAAUCUGUCACCUGUCAAUUCAAUCCAUACUCAUCAAAUUUUCAAAACUUUAUUGUAAUCAUAUGAAGCAAAAGUUAUGUCACCUGUUGUUUACACUUGCCAAUGUUAACUGUUGAGUAACAUACACAAAAUAUUUGGUCAACAUGUCGGAGACCACUGAAUAAUUGAGAAUGUUUUGAAGGUCAUGAGUGAAGUAUACAUAAUUAAAUUCCAGUUCUGUGCACAGUAAAUGAUAUACCAUGCACACUGUUCGGUUUGACAUGUACAGCACAUUCACACAAAAACAAUCGUGUUGUGGGAGAUUAUCGGUUUGAGUAGAAGGUAUCACAAGUUUAGUUUUGUACAUUGUGUGCCAUUGAUCAAAUCCACCAUAUAAUAUAUGAUUACUCAUUGUAGCUGUUAAGUUAUUUUCCAUACUAAUGGAUUUAGGUAAGAUUGUAUUGCAAGUUGGCUGUUCUGAUAAAAUUAUCCAGCCAAUAUCCAGUACAUUUAUUCUUCAUUCUUGUAUUAAUCUCUAAAGAAAAAUAUUUAUGUUAGAAAGCAAAAUGACAAUGUGAUGAGGCUCGGGAGGGUGAGGAUUCUUUUAUCUGAAAACGUUUGUAAAAAUUUUGUUUAAUUAACUCUAAUGUGUAAAACCAAAAUGUAUAAGUAUUUUACUGAACUGAUAACAUCUUCAACCUUUGCUCUAGCACUACAUUUGAUGACAGCUUUAUAGUUGGACUGUUGUUUUGAACAGAGUUAUGAAGUCAAUAUACAGAAAUACAGGACCAGGAAUUAAGUCAAUAUCUCCGGAGAAUGUUUUCACUGUUUAAAAUAUUACAGAACGGUCACAGAAGGAUUAUUUUUAAUACUGUAUAAACCUUUUUGUGAACUAUGUUGACAAAUGGCUUAGAAUAUCCUCGACAAUAUCCAAUAUUUUAUACAGUGCAAUAUAUUUAUAAUAAAAAAAUUCCAGAGUGCAUCCCAUGUAAACUCUACGCCGAAGAUACGGCAAUAUUAACUAUAGAUAGUAUAGUAAAUAUUUGCCGAACUGGCGAACUCAUGUAUUAUAAAACUUAUAAAAUAUGUGGGACAUGUAUUUGCACAAAUUUGGUAUUUAAAUAUAUAAUAUGUGGUAUUUGACUACUUACCAGAUGAGGAUAAGAUUCCAUGUUGAUAUAUAACUUCGGAAUAAUAUCGCAAGUAGAAUGGCGAGAAAAGUCAGAAAACAAGACAGCCAAUUCAAGAUAAAUUGAUAAAAAUAUCAAGAUAUUUUUGAAAGAAUAUAAAACACGAUUUAUACACGAGGCCUGACGAGGCUAAAGUAUGCCCGUUCGCAGGUUAGAUCAGCGGGCACGAUGUAAACAAUUGAUGUAAACGAAUCGCUGAUUGGCUUAAAUUAUGUAAGAUUGGCUUAAAUUAUAUAAGCUCGUCGCUGAAUGGCUACGUGCUAACAUACGGUACGGUCACGUUUGCGAUAGCAUAUAUAUCUGCUUUGCAGAUACAAAAACUUACUGACCUCAACCGUUCGGGCAGUACGGGAAAAUAUCCAACCUCGGUCUUGCUGUAUUGACCUCGCUAUCGCUCGGUCAAUACAGCAAGACCUCGGUUGGAUAUUUUCCCGUACUACUGCCCUCACUCUCGGUCAGUAAGUUAUUAAUAUUAGACUCUUCAUUAUAAUGCAAUAUGUCAAUUAAGCUGUUUACUGUUCCAGAAUACAGAACUGUAUAAUUUUGACUUGAAACUGAUUGCCAUUGUUUCCGGAUAUACUGGCAUUAAUUGGCAUAAUAAAAAGAUUAUCAUAUGCACAGCCCCGGGUGUAUCUGAAAGAAAUGUAAUGCUAAAGUUAUAAAAUAGUCAACCAUUUAAUAAACACACACAGGUAUUCUGCUACUGGCUUUUGCUCAAUUGCCAGUACCCUUCUUUAUUGAGAAAAAUAUUUUUAUUUUAUCAUUUUAUGAAGAAUAAUAUUUGGUUUUAAAUUCCCUACAGUAGGUAUGAUAGAUUCACAGUAAUGCAUGUAUAAUGUUAGGUGAUAAAUAUUGGGUAUGCUAUAGAAUUUCUGAAAAUCUGCUGCAUUUUUAGGGGGUACACAAUUAUCUUUUGUGGUAUCCUAAAUAGACUACAAUUAGGAUGAAAAUUCAGAGCCCAAGGUUCAAAAAUUAACCUUGAAACAAAAUAAUGAAGUGAUUCACAUGAACAAUAUAAAUUGUAACAAAUUAAAGAAUUAAAGGCAACCAAGGUAGUGUGCAACAAGCAACGUUCUUGCUCAAGAAUAGCCUAUUUAAUAAAGCUGAGAGUUAUUAAAUUACCUUUAUAUAACAAAUAAUUAAACGUACUUAUACGUCUGGAAGAAAUCAGAACAUUUUGAAGGAAAUAGAAGCCAUUUGAGAUAAAAUAUUUGAUCGAUCGAUGACUCGAUGAGUGUUGACAUGUGUACAAGCCGGUGUUUCAAUCAUCUCAAAUUACUUGUUAAACGGAAAUGACACGUGCACUCAGUAUCCUUGUUGUUCAGACUAACUGCGCCGAACAUAUUUUAAUGCCGCUUUUGACGCGAAAAAUUGCGAUUUUAUUGAUAUUUUCAGCAAAAAGUUAGCUCUCCACUCCUCUUGAAAAUACUAUGGCGCGAGCGGAUUCCCGGAGAAUGGGUACGAAAUAGUUAAUUGGAAAAUAUUGUACUUUUACCCAAUCUCGUUCACCGAGCCUGCGAUCCUUGGGAAGGAACGCGAGGCUCUGGGAUAAUCCGUUUCAGGGAGGAAUCUGAUUGGCCGUUGAAAUGGAAUGCUUAGUUCAAUCUUAGCCAGAAUUCCUGGCUUCCGGUAACGGAUUAUCCCAGAGCCUGCGUUCCUUCCCGAGGAUCGCAGGCUCGGGGAACGAGAUUGACUUUUACCGUAUUUUCUAAUAACUCAACUCGUGUGGCCAGAGCCACUCAACGAUGGUUUUUGCACACAUUUUGAUCAUAAUUUUCGAGUUAAAAAUAGCAAAAACGAUUAUUUUGUCAAAUAUAGCAUCCUAGGAAAGAAACAUUUACCAUAUGCCGUUAAAAAAUAAUUAGAUGGCCUCAUAGUGAACGGUAGAUUUUCGGCUUCAUUUUCAGACAACAGUUACUCAAUCUGGUUUUAUUUUUAGAUCAAUAGUGUACCUACUGUCACUAAUUACCCAACAUGCAUGCAUGUAUUACUGAAAUAUACCAUACUUGAAACUCAGCUAAAAUCAAAUCCCAUCAUCUGCACCUGUGACAGCCUCAUUCUAAUUUGUAUUUGUAUCAAAUUUUCAUAGCAAUAACUAUCAGGAUAAAAGGAUCCAAUGGUUUUGGUCGUGUUGAAGUAUUACACAAUGGGAAAUGGGGAACAAUCUGUGAUGAUAGUUGGGAUAUAAAUGAUGCCAGGGUUGCAUGUCGUCAACUUGGUUAUACAAAUGCUGUUAAAGCACUUAAAGAGGGCGACGUUCCUCGUGGUACUGGACAGAUAUGGUUAGAUGAUGUCGGUUGCACUGGCAGUGAACAAAGUUUGGCCAAUUGUUCCCAUAGUGGAUGGGGAACUCAUAAUUGUGAUCAUGGUGAGGACGCUGGAGUUGAAUGCUUACCAG